AUGACUAUUGAAGGAGAGAGUUUAUAUGUCGUUUUGAUUUUACCGUUUCUAGCUGCAGGUUUUCUCAAACUUAACGGAAACAUUAACAUAAGAACAAUUUGUCUUGUCGUUAUAAUUGCUUGUUUAUGUGUGUUUAUACCAGGUGCACCAUGUUUGAUUCUCGAGUACGCUCCUCACGGAAACCUUAGAGAUUAUUUGCGAGCGCAUAAACUGGUAUUUGAGCGCUCCGAUUCCACAUUGGCUCUGUUGCUCAAUUACGGUCUUCAGGUGGCCGAAGGAAUGACUUACUUGGCGUCGCGUUCGAUCAUUCAUCGUGAUUUGGCAGCAAGAAACAUUCUAGUAGGCACGAACUACGUGCUGAAAAUAUCGGACUUUGGUCUGACGCGAAAUGUGGAAUACUACUACCGCAAAGUGACAAAUGUAAUGGUAUGUCACAUUGCGAUUAUUCCCCCCUUCCCUUUUUUUGCAUGUGUUUCCUUGCACAGAUGGUCAUUCGGUGUUUUGCUCUGGGAGAUUUUCACGUUUGGCUCAACUCCGUUCCCUGCUGUCGAUCCGGCCGCAGUACCUGCACUCAUUCGAUCCGGAGGACGUAAUCCGAGGCCUAAAUUCGCGCCGGACUUUGUGUACGCCCUGAUGCGCGCCUGUUGGGAGUGGGACGCGAAACGACGACCCACAUUUUCCGAUUUACAUCAGCAGUUGAUUGCCUUCGAGAACAGGGUUCGAGCCAAGUGUGACGACGGAUCGAUGGAAUCCAAUCUGGCCACACCGACAUCCUCGUUGUCCACGUUUUGGGAUACCCAAAAAUUUGGUGAAUCAUCAAGUGCUCCGAUCGGAUCCGGUGUUGUGACGGAACAGCUUGGUGGUACAUACAGUGUGUUGGACUCGGGUGAAACUGAGCCGGACGAUUCGGCAUUGACACAGUAUCUGGAAAUCAAAAGAGCUCUAUGA